CCUCGUCAGGUGGGCUGCGAGGACGCCCGCAAUCCCCUCCUAAGUCGAAGGGAAAAUACUCCCAAAGUUGUUUAGCAGCGCAGCAUCAGACCAGAGGGCUGGUCUGCUUCUCGGUUGUUCUUCAGAGCACUUUUGGCUUUGGCAGACGGGCCCGAGCCGGGACCAGCAACAUGGGGGCGGGAGCGAGUGCCGAAGAGAAGCGCUCCAGGGAGCUGGAGAAAAAGCUGAAGGAGGAUGCAGACAAAGAUGCCAGGACCGUCAAGCUGCUGCUAUUAGGUGCUGGUGAAUCAGGAAAAAGCACAAUUGUCAAACAGAUGAAAAUUAUUCAUCAAGAUGGCUACUCACUUGAAGAGUGUCUAGAGUUCAUCAGUAUCAUUUACAGCAACACUCUGCAGUCUAUCAUGGCCAUCGUGAAAGCCAUGAGUACGUUUGGCAUCAACUAUGGCCACCCCGAUCAGCAGGAUGACGCCAGGAAAUUGAUGCAUCUGGCAGAUACUAUUGAGGAGGGAACCAUGCCCAAGGAGCUGUCCGAUAUUAUCCUGCGCCUGUGGAAGGACUCGGGCAUCCAGGCGAGUUUUGACCGGGCAUCUGAGUACCAGCUGAAUGACUCAGCUGGAUACUAUUUGAACGACUUGGAGCGUCUGAUCCAACCAGGGUAUGUGCCCACUGAGCAAGAUGUGUUGCGAUCCAGGGUGAAAACCACCGGUAUCAUCGAAACCCAGUUUUCCUUCAAGGAUCUUAAUUUCAGAAUGUUCGAUGUGGGCGGUCAGAGAUCAGAGAGAAAGAAGUGGAUCCACUGUUUCGAAGGGGUCACCUGCAUCAUCUUUAUCGCCGCUUUGAGCGCCUACGACAUGGUGCUGGUGGAGGAUGACGAAGUGAAUCGAAUGCACGAAAGCCUGCACUUGUUCAACAGCAUCUGCAACCAUCGCUACUUCGCCACCACCUCUAUUGUCCUUUUCUUGAACAAGAAAGACGUGUUCCUGGAGAAGAUCAAGAAGGCUCACCUCAGCAUGUGCUUCCCCGACUACGAUGGUCCUAACACCUAUGAGGAUGCCGGUAACUACAUCAAAGUACAGUUCCUGGAUUUGAACAUGCGCAGAGACGUCAAGGAAAUCUACUCGCACAUGACCUGCGCCACAGACACAGAGAACGUCAAGUUUGUGUUCGACGCGGUCACAGACAUCAUCAUCAAAGAAAACCUGAAGGAUUGUGGCCUCUUCUGAAGGACCUUCACACUCGUUACUAUAAAUAUUCCUCUCCGUGUACCACAAAAUCUACAUCUACUGAGGUUAACAUAUUGCCCCUUCAAAGAACACACAUAAGAAGUCAUAGCUUUGACUCCUAUGGACAGAAGAGAGACCAAAACCCAUCAGAAUUGCCUCCAGUUGAUUUCUUGUUUUAGUGGAGCUAACUUGUCCUAGGAGGCUAUGCAACGUGUAGCAGAAUUUCCAAUGAGAAGCUUUUCUCUUUGAGAUGCACAAAUGCACUUCAACCUGUUAGACCAAUGGCUUUGUAUAAUAUCUUAUAAUAUGUAUCAUAGAUUUCGGGGGGUGGGGGGUGUUAGAAGUAAUAAUGAUUUGAAAUUGAAGAUUUGCAAGACUGAUGAGUGCCAUGCAAACAUCACUGUGUAAAGCAUGA